UCAUUAUAAUGUCGGCCAAACGUAAAGCUGGUGGUAAUGGUAAUGGACCAAACAAAAGACGUCCCAAGAAAAAAGAAUCCGACUACGAGGAUGAGGUCAGUGAUGAGUCCGACGCAGAAGGUCAAUCAUCAUCGAAUCAAGUUGAGGUGUUAAUACCUAACGAUGAAAUAGAUCCACCAACAAAAUUACCCGAUGAUUUGUUAGCAUCUAUGGAAAAGACACCGGGUCAAAUGUUGAUAGCCGGUAUGGUCACCUGGGAUUUGACUGGUAAACGUGAUCGGAAAAAUGUCGUUAAAGUUCGUCCAAAUUUGUACAGUUUCCAUCGUUUUACGGAUGAAAAGUACCGCUUCAUUGCCAGCAGUUGUUCGGCAGCUCAUACAAUUCUGAUUAAUAUGGACCGUAAAGCAAUGGCCUUUGGUCGUAAUCCAUCCGGUCAAUUGGGUUUACCCGACACUAAGUUAUGCGAAAAACCCACUAUUAUUCCAGCAUUGGAAAAUAUCAACAUCGUACAGGCUGCUGUCGGACGUCAUCAUUCGCUAUUUCUUACCGAUACGGGUCGGGUCUUUGCUUGCGGUGACAAUAAGUCCGGCCAGUGUGGCAUUGGCAAUACAACGCCCACCGUGGCCACACCAACUCUUAUCAAUUAUCGUGGUCCACCAAUUAUACGCAUCGGUUGUGGUGCAGAAUUCUCCGUGAUUUUGGAUAUCAAGGGUAAUCUGCACACCUUUGGGUUGCCUGAAUAUGGCCAGCUGGGUCAUAACACCGAUGCCAAGUAUUUUGUAAAUGCCAAUAAAUUGUCAUUCCAUUUUGAAACAUCGCCCAAGAAAAUUGUGCUUUACAUUGAGAAGAGCAAAGAAGGUCAUGUCACACCCGUCGAUAAUGUACAGAUCGUGGACUUUGCCUGUGGUAAUAAUCACACGGUGGCCAUUGAUUCCAAGAAACGUGUGUACAGCUGGGGCUUUGGUGGCUUCGGCCGUUUGGGCCAUGCUGAACCCAAAGAUGAAAUGGUACCACGUUUAAUUAAAUUCUUUGAUAUCCAAGGUCGUGGUGGCCGCAGCGUUUAUUGUGGCGCCACCUACAGUCUGGUGGUCAAUGAGCUGGGCGUCCUCUUCCUCUUUGGUCAAAAUAAGAAAACCGGCGAAGCCAAUAUGUAUCCGAAACCAGUACAAGAUUUGUCGGGCUGGAAUAUCACAGCCGUUGGCUGUUCAAAUACCUCAAUUGUUAUAUCGGCCGAUGAUACCCUCAUUGCCUGGGGUGCCUCACCAACCUAUGGUGAACUGGGUAUCGGUGAAUUCCAAAAGUCUUCCACAGUUCCUAAGGAAGUGCCGAAAAUGGAUAGCAUGAAAAUACCUCAGGUGACCAUGGGCUAUUCACACACCGUUCUGUUGGUCGAUACCGAUCAUGAGGGCACCAAAGCGAAAUAUGACAAGUUGCCGGAAUACACCAUUGAUGAUUAG